CCAGCCCCCACCUGUCUCAAGGUUCAAUUGUUGUAAUUGUCUCUAUGACAACCAGCAACCCUAGGGGUUGCAGAAAACAAAUGAAACAACAUUAAACCUUUAAAAAUUUAAAAACCUAAAAAAAAGAGAAAAAUAAUUUAAAACAAGAAAAAAAUACAUGGGCCAAUUUUAAAAUAAGAUAAUUAAAAUCUAUUUGACGGUUGAUAGUAACAAUCAAAAUGAUGGCCAUGCCAGAUGGAUUUCCAAUGGAAAUGGACUUUCCAUACCCAAACCCUGAUUCAAGCAAGAGACCUGAUGCAGAAUGCUCACUAUUACUUCAGCGCCCUGCAGUGGAAGACUGCUCUUGCCUUGACCAUGGCCCAACUCCAGAAGUGUCCUACAUGCGCUAUACACGAGCAAAGGACAUGCAAGUUUAUAACCAGAUGCAAGCUAUGCGCAAAGUUAUGGCAACUCGGGCAAGCAACAUUCUUGAUCACUUGUGUCCAGAUGAAGAUUCUAAAAUGAAUGCUUUCCAUAUCAUUGAUUAUGCAAAACGAGGACAUUUACCUGGAUGCUACACUUCACUAAGACCAGUGGAAGUCUGUGAAGCAGGGACACCUAUAGAGCCACUACGAAUUGGGUUGACAAAUGGUUAUAGAGAUGCAAGUCUCUUUCCUCUCUACCCAAAGACUCGGCAUAUUGUAGAUAAAAGUCACCCCCUUGUCUUUACACGAACACCUGAAAACUUAAAGCACUGGUUCUCACCAUACAUACCUGGACGAUCAGAAUAUGAAGAUACAAUUUCUCGCUUGGGACUUGCAAGGAUGCGGAAUACUAGGCAAUAUUUAGAACCAUUGCCGAGUUCUCGUCUCCGAUGUGGUGACCCAAACUGUUGAACAAAUUCACUCAACAUUCUCGAAGAAAUCAAGAAUGCUCAUAUUCAUUUUCAGAUCUCACAUUAGAAUAGUUCACCAAUUUGAUUUGUUCAGUCAAAGUUAAGUUUUAAGGAAAAUAAACAGCAAAGACAAAAUAAA